AUGGUGCGGUCGCCGGCCCUCAGCGCGGCGGCGGCCGUCCUUCUCCUCCUCCACGCCCCCUCGCGCCGCACGGGCGGGGCGACCGCGACCCCCACCGGUGGCCGGCGGCGCGGGCACCCCCACCGCUGCCUCCUUCUGCCAAUUCGCGUUCUUUUAUGCAUUCUAACUGCUAUACUUUUACGUGCCUCAGGGCCAAAGGAGCUCACUGGUGCUGUUGAUUUGAUCAGCCACUACAAACUGCCGCCACACCAUGAAACAUCUUCGCAAUGUUGUGCCUUGGAAUUUUUUUUCGGUGUUAUAAAUGCAAGGCCUUUGGCUAGAGAUUUGUUUAUGGCAUGUGUAAGACAUUCUAAGCAUCAAGAACUGAAGGACUUCUCUUUAUCGAUUGGGAUACUUCAGGUCGGUUGCAAAAUUUCUCCUGGAAUGGCUGAUUUGGUUAAUAAGCUAAAAGCUAGGAAUGUUGAUGUAUUCCUUGUGUCAGGAAGCUUCCGACAAAUGAUCAAGGCAAAGCUAUUGCCAAAUGGACAGGAUAAUGUCAAUGUUUCGUUCUGUAAAUUGAUUGAUCUGGACUAUGGAUUUCACAGGAACAACUAA